AUGUCAAAAUGGGACAAGGACAUCCCAAAAAUGGACCAAGGAGACCCAAAAUGGACCAAAAAUCCCCAAAAUGGACCAAAAAUCCCCAAAAUGGACCAAGGACAUCCCAAAAUGGAUCAAGGACAUCCCAAAAUGGACCAAGGACAUCCCAAAAUGGAUCAAGGACAUCCCAAAAUGGACCAAGGACAUCCCAAAAUGGAUCAAGGACAUCCCAAAAUGGACCAAGGACAUCCCAAAAUGGAUCAAGGACAUCCCAAAAUGGACCAAGGACAUCCCAAAAUGGAUCAAGGACAUCCCAAAAUGGACCAAGGACAUCCCAAAAUGGAUCAAGGACAUCCCAAAAUGGACCAAGGACAUCCCAAAAUGGAUCAAGGACAUCCCAAAAUGGACCAAGGACAUCCCAAAAUGGACUAA